GUCGUCCUUCCCUUGUGAACUUCAGGUCUUUCUUUCUCGAAGUCAAAACCGACUUGUAGAUCUUCCGAUAUACAUCAUGGCAUCUAUUUCUGCCCGUCGCUUGGGCAAAGAGUUGCGCGAAAUCCAGGAGCAGGGAUGUCCAGUCGGUAUCGAGCUUGUCAAAGCCGACGAUUUUGCCACUUGGUGGUUCACGAUCGAAGUCAUGGGAGAGUCUCUCUACCAGGGAGAGAAGUAUACGCUGCAGUUUAGAUUCGACAGUCAAUACCCAAUAUCAUCUCCGGCGGUGCAGUUCGUCGUAACAGAUGGGAGAGAAGCGCCAAUACACCCACACGUUUACUCCAACGGACAUAUCUGUGCUUCUAUCCUGGGUAACGAGUGGUCUCCUGUGCUCAGUGUGAUUGCUGUGUGCGUAACGUUACAGAGCAUGCUGGCAUCCUGCAAGAAGAAGGAGCGACCCGCUGACAACGAUCGCUACGUUCGUCAUGCUCCCGAUAAUCCAAAGAAGACACGGUUCCACUACGAUGAUGACACCGUGUAAUGGAUGACUGGCGACUGUGAUGGAAGAACCAAUGCUUGUCAUUCAGAAGCCAUGUUAUGAAAGGUACCAUAUGCCAUGACAAUCUGUAUUACUACUACACAGUCUGAACGCAGACUCGACCGCUCGAUACGAAGGGAUAAGUAUUUGAAUACAUACGAUACAUCGAACUAA